UUCAUCACUGAGCGACAUGGCCCAUGGAAUCACGCUUUUUAUAAUUGAAAUGGACUUUGAUCUGGCAAGGCCUUGCCUUCUUUUCUUGUCUAUAAAGUUACAGAAGAAGAGUCCGAGUUUCUGGGUUCUGAUUCUCAAAGAGCUAAGAAGAAGAAGAAGAAGAAGAAGAAGAGAGAAGAGAGAGAAAGCAAUGGAAGCUGCGAGGAGAGAGAAAGCAAUUGAGCACGAAAUCGGAGGUCUACAAAAUGACACUCUUCGUUUUGGACUUCACAGCGUCAAGAGCGAGAUCGUUGGAUCUCAUCCCCUUCAAUCUGCCUAUCAAUCUACAAAGGAGGUGCAGGAACAGAUGAAGAGGAGAAUCCUUGUGAACACGUACGGAUCGGCUUUUCCUUUGAAGAUGGACUUGGAUCAACAAAUGCUUUCUAGAUUCCAGAGGCCUCCAGGUCCAAUACCAUCUUCCAUGCUAGGGUUAGAGGCACUGACCGGAGGUUUGGAAGACUUCGGUUUUGAAGAUUACCUGAAUGACCCACGUGAGUCUGAAACAUUCCGCCCCCUGGACAUGCAUCACGGAAUGGAAGUUAAUCUUGGACUCGCCAAGGGACCGGCCUGCCCCAGUUUCUUCUGAAGAAUUAUGUUGCGCUUGCCAAAGAAAAUUUUAAGUUUUACUUUGUUUUGCUCUUUGUGGAUACUAUUUUUAUUUCUUCAAACUUGCAUGAAGUUCAAAUAUACAUUUUAGACUGGCGAAAAUGAACAGUGCAUGUACUCUUUCUUCUCAGUUCUGAAGUAUCCAUCCUUUUGGUUGCAGUUGUUUA